CGAUGAGAUGAAGCUAUUUACGAAGUUUCAGGCGGAUGCUAAUAAUUUGAUAAAAAGGGGUUUGUACCACGGACCUAUUACACUCAUGGUAGAGUAUAAGGUUUCACCAAUGUUGUGUGUUUGUAGGGACUAUCUUGGUAAUAUUAUAUGCUAGAUGCAUUAGGGAUAAGGAUUGCUAUCUAAUCAGAGUUCUCACUAGUAAUAAUUAUUUAUGAUGAGUUUCUUUGAAUGCAGAACAAUAGAGAAUAAAGUUGCAACCAGAGGAUCCUGUAAAAUUUCGACAAAUUUCAUUUCUUUUAUUGUAUAACACACUGUUUCUAUUUUGUUUUUCCUGCUGCUCAUCUUUACCACAGAUGAAAGGACUCAACUUCCCCGGGUCACACGAUCCUCACUUCUGUCAAUUUGUCAUAGAUCGCAGUCGCCAUUUGUUAAAACCGGUGAGGAAUCGUUACAUCAAUUUGACCGGAUCGCAGGACGGCUCGGUACAGAUGUGGGAGUGGGGUCAUAGCCAGGCGGUGACUAUCCCGCGGCCUGGUGGUACCUUCGCCAAGGUGACGAGGGUGAGGUUUUCUCAACAUGGCAAUAAAUUUGGAGUCGCGGACGGUGAUGGAAAUCUGAGUCUCUUCCAAACGUGUCAAUGCCAUAACAAAGUCACUAGUGAUUUUGUUUUCCUUGGAUCUUGUAGUAUGGUCGCGACCGCAGGCCAUAGUUCCGAAAGCAAAAAUGUUGCUCUUUGGGACACCCUACUUCCACAGAAAAAAUCUCUCAUUGUUGCUUUCACAUGCCACGAUCAAGGGGCAUCAUCGCUUGUAUUUGCUCCUCAGCAUCAACUGCUUAUAUCCGCUGGUAAGAAAGGAGAUGUGUGUAUUAUCGACGUCCGAAGUCGAGCGAUGAGGCAGAGAUUUGCAGCUCAUGAUUCAGCAGUUAAGUGCCUUGCUGUUUGGAGCCUAACUCUUCAUCAAGUUCUGUACAACUUCCCCGGAGAGCAUGCUAAAUCCAGCUUCUUCAAACCUAUCGGUCAAGGAGUUACACAGUUAUAUCUAGAUGGAGCUGCAAGGUUAUUUUCCUGUGGUGCUGACGGAAGUAUGAAAUUCCGUCAGUUGCCGGAAGAAAGAGAUUAUCACACUUAA